AUGCUCGACCUUCAUUUAAGUAACCCCAUCUCUGUAGGGUUGGCAAGUCCUGGGAUGGAAUCUUCCAACUUUCCUGAUCAAGGACUUGCUGAUAUGUAUCUGAUUCAAGGAAUUGAGUCAAAGCUACAGUUUCCUGGUCAAUUUGAACAAUUUGAAGCCAUGUAUAACGAAGUAAUCCCGGAGUAUCUUAUUGAUCAAGGAUUAUAUUAUCCUACUGCUGCCAACUAUGGAUAUCUCAGUACAGGAUUUGAAUCAGCAGGUACCUGGGAAGACCCCCAUAGCAGAUUCGGUCUGGAUGGUCAAGAAAUUCAUUACACUGGGGCAAUAAAUGAAGGUCUUCCAUACAUGUGUUAUGCGACCCAAGGGUAUGGAUAUGGACAGUACCAUUAUAACCCAUACAAUCCUUAUAUUCCUGGUGCUAUGGUAGGAGUUGAAGGAUCCACUGUAGCUCCUCAACAGUAUUAUGCUGUCCCAUCCUAUGAAAACCCUGUACCAUCGCCUGCAUAUGCUCCUAUUGUUCUGCAGUCAAGGGCUGAUGCUAACAGGAUGCCCAAUUCGUUUAUUGAAAAUGGCAUACCAAUCAAUAAAGCUGAUGGUAUUGGUUUUAAACGCAAUUUGCGUUCAAAUGCUCCUAAUGCUUCAAUGACCUUAGGGCAGGAUGCAUCUGUCCGGAUGACAUCUGAAGGGCAAAGAGCUAAUAAUACUGCAUCAAGCAAGCAAGUUGUGCCGAGAACUUCUGACAAGCUGACUAGUCAACCAUCAUCCCAGAUUGGCCAGGUUAGAGGUUCUCAAGGCACAGAAACUGGUGUGCAUGUGAAGGCUGCUUCAUGGGUUGGUAGUCAAAUAAAGAGUGCAUUUACUUCUGCCAACGGAUUAUCUGGUUUGGAAUCAAGGGAUCCCGAGACAGGCUCUGUACAUAAAGUUAAGCCCAAGAUACCUUAUGGCGGUGUCUGUGAUGACGAAAGAGUCGGGCAUGGUACAUUAGUUGAGCAUAAUCGAGGGCCAAGACCAAACAAACGGGAGACUCAGUUGGUUGUUAGUGCUCUCACGACAAGGGCUGGAAAUCCCGAUGCACAUGGAAACAUCACUAUAUUUCCAGACGACUAUAACAAAGAAGAUUUCCCGGUCGAGUACAAAAAUGCGAAGUUCUUUGUGAUCAAGUCUUACAGUGAGGAUGAUGUGCACAAGAGCAUAAAGUACAACGUUUGGUCAUCUACACCCAACGGAAACAAAAAGCUUUAUGCUGCGUAUGAAUGUGCACAGAAAAUAGCAGCAGGAGAUCCUAGAGGCUGUCCUAUCUUCCUCUUCUUUUCUGUUAAUGCUAGUGGCCAGUUCUGUGGUUUGGCGGAGAUGGUUGGACCUGUGGACUUCCACAGGAAUAUGGAUUUCUGGCAGCAAGAUAAAUGGAGUGGUAGCUUCCCUGUGAAGUGGCACAUUAUAAAAGACUUGCCAAAUACCCAUUUUCGGCAUAUCAUACUAGAGAACAAUGAGCACAAGCCAGUGACUAACAGCAGGGACACGCAAGAGAUACCUUACAAGAAAGGUCUGGAUAUGCUGAGGAUAUACAAGAGCCACAAGUCACGAACUUCCUUGCUUGAUGACUUCAUGUACUAUGAGAACAGGCAGCGGAUCAUGCAGGAGGAGCGGGCCAGGCUAAUAAAGAAAAGCUACGAGAACCCAUAUCUUGUCUCGCUAAUAGAUCCUCCUCGCAAACUGCAGCCUGUACACAAUCCUUCCAAUGGUGGCCUGAAUUCUACCAGAGAUAAUCCCACCACUUUGACUAUUGUGAACAAAAGCAAUGUUCCGGGAGAUGCUGGAUUAGACCUGUUGGCCAAGAAGCAACCUUUAGAUGCUAAUGCCGACUUGAAAACGGUUGAUGAAUUAAAAAUGAGUUCGCUGAGUAUACGUUCAGAUGAGGGAGAGGGAGAGUCUGGAGUUCACUCAUCAUCGAAAGCUGUAGAUGCUAAGGCAUCAUCUGAAACCGGGCCGAUCAACGUUGUCACCAUAGGUUCGAUGCCGGUCAAUGUCAAUGGCAGUGUAUCUUCUGGUAUUUUGACGGUUGGUACAAUUCCACUCGACCCCAGGGCCCUUCUGCGUGACUAG